AUGCCAAUCAAUCUCGAGAUACCAGUCUUCUCGCCCUCGUCCGCGCUGCACGCCCAGGCCAUCGGCGCGCAGCGCAUCGAGCUCAACGCCAAGGGCAGCUACCCCGUAGGCGGCACGACGCCCUCGCUCGCGGACCUGGAGGGCAUCACCAAGUGGCUCAUGGUCCCCGUGCGCGUCAUGAUCCGCCCGCGCGGCAAGCCGGCCGACGGCCCGGACUUUAUCUACACGGAGGACGAGCUCGCGGAGAUGGUCAGGGAUAUCGAGACCUUCCGCGGGGUGCUGCGCAAAGACCGCGGCGACGGGUUCGUCUUUGGCGUUCUGAAGGCGUCUGCGGAUGGUGAAGCAGUGGCGGUUGACGUGGAGAGGAAUCGGAGACUUGUGGAGGCGGCCGGGGGGCUGCCGUCUUCUUUCCAUCGUGCUUUUGACGAAAUUAUCCGGGACGGGAGCGCGCAGACGGUCGGGCGGGGCGUGAGGGAGCUCGUGGAGUGCGGGUUUGCCGGGGUGCUCACCUCCGGCGGGCCCGGGAAUGCCGCCGGCAACAAGGCCGUUUUGGAGGAGGUCGUGCGGGCCGCGAAGCCGUUCGGUUUUGAGGUCAUUGUCGGCGGGGGCGUGAGGGCUGCCAAUGUCGCGGACGUCACGGACGGGCUUGUGGGUGUUUGGGCGCAUUCGAGCUGCUUCAAGGGUAGGUGUGAGGAGGGGGAGGUCGAUGACGAGGAAGCGAUGGGCAUCUUGGAGGUUCUUGCUGAGAGGUGA